AUGUCGUUCAUGCCCCACACAGACAUCUACCCCAUCACCAAGCCCACCACCGCCACCCUCCUCUCCCCCUCCCCGACCGACGACAAGCUCGUCGGCUUUUCGGAGCGCAAGAAGCAUUUCGACUCCACCGCCGCCGGUCUUCUGGGGCUGCACUUUGCAGAAGGCAACUUGGAGCAUAGGCAGCUUGUGGAGUUGCUUGUGAAGCAGGUGCAUACUUUGGGAUGGAAGUAUGCUGAGAAGGUGUAUUACUUUGGGACUGUGAAUGCUCUGUCCGAGAGGUUCACACAGCUCGCCGACCUUCUCUGCGAACGCCUCCUACCAGACGUUCAGACGAACGGUAUCAUCCCCACCCAAAAUGCCCGGCUCCUCUACCGCGUUAUCGACGAGGGGUCAAUCAUCCUCUGUCAUUUUGGUCGAAUUCGCUUGAAUUGGCUGGAUGCUUGGAACAUCGAGGAGAAGGGGAAAAUCGACAUUGUUGAAGAAGUACUUUCGCACCUUACUUGGAGGUUGAUCAACCUGGUCAACAUCUUCGAGGAACCAGAGUUGAACGCCAAGAAGAGUUGGCAAAAGGUGAUCUCGGCGAUGUGGAAGGACGAUAUCGAGAAGAGGCAUCGGGUUACGAAGCCGCCUCCUGCGCUGGCAGACUAUUACCAGUAUGCCGAGUACUGUGUGGUCCAGUAG